UGGCAUUAUUUAAGAGGAAAUACAACACAAAAACAAAUUAAAUGUGAAAUCUUAUCAAAAUAAAGGAAAAAAAUUACAAAUAUAAGCUGGACAAAUUCAAACACAUAAAAGCAGCCACGAGCAUCGAGGAAAUUGGCGCGAUGGAACCAUCAGCUUGCGAGGACUUAAAGGCAUUCGAGCGGCGACUAACCGAGGUGGUUUCAUCAUACAGGCCACCCACGUACCGCUGGCGCAUCAUAUUAUCGGCAUUAUCCGUAUGCACGGCAAUCAGUGCCUGGUAUUGGCUGAAAGACCCGCGCACAACCGUCGUGCCGCUAACCGAGUCCCUAUGGAUACACCCAAUCUUCACAGUGGCCACAGUCACGUUAAUAAUCCUCUUUAUAUUUGGCAUACAGAAGCUGGUUGUGGCGCCACAGAUAAUCACGUCUCGUACGCGGUCAGUGCUAACCGAUUUUGCCCUGGAUCUCGAACCGCAUACUGGAAAGUUAAUAUUAAAGCCCCGGCAAAGUAAUAACAAUGGAUGCAAUACAUGAAGUUUUCUAGACACAAUCACAAUUAGUCUGCUUUGCUGAUAUCCAUUUAGACCCUGAUGAUGCACACUUCCGUACUGAUCGUUUUUUCGCAUCUGAAAACCUUAGUUAAAUGCAUAUAAUCCAAGUUAAUCUAAUCUUAUCACCGUGAGACACCUUUCGUUUGGUUAAAUUAUACAAACAAAAAACACUCCACUUGUACAAUGUACCGCUGGCUACGCUUGGCAGAGAAACAAAUAUAAUUAAUUGAUUUAUGGAUCACGCAACCAAAUUAAUGAUAUGUAUAAUAAUUGUUGCUCAGCUUACAGGUCGACAUGAUGUAUGUAUAUAAAUUCUCCAUUGGCCUUACGCGGAGGUUGAGGUUGGAAAUAAAUUUUUGUUGACACGAUUUUUGCCUAAGAAACUCAAAUAUUUGAACAAAUUUAAUAUAAUAAUGAUUUAAGGUCCUUUGCUCAACAAUAGGCUCUCAUAUCUGUAAAGGAUUAUUUAGUUUUUAUGCAAAUAAUAAAUUUUUAAAUUUA